AUGGUGUUCCUAUCGUCGAUGGCAUCCAAGAAGUCCAAAAGUGAAGAAUAUCCUGCAUUCACGAACUUCACCAUUAAAGUGGACGUUGAAGGUUCCUGGGCCAAGACAGUCAAAAAGGUAUUGAACAGUGUUCAAGGGGUAACUAAUUUCAGAAUGGAGAACAACGGGAAGGUUAACAUUUCAGGAUACAUCGAUCCAGUCUUACUUCUGAAAUGUCUGGAGAAAGCAGGAAAAACGGCAGAGAUAGUACAUUGGCAAUAUGGAGAAUGUUCAAAGAACCUGUUUGAGAAGACAAAAUCGCCCUCCCCCUCGGUUAAUAACAACAACUUAUAUCCACCAGGUUACGAAGGCUAUAAUAACAAUGGGUAUUAUGGUUAUAAUUAUAAUAACGGGUAUGGGUAUGGGUGUGGGUAUGGGUAUGGGUAUGGGUAUGGGUAUGGGUAUGGUUAUCCCCCCAAUUACAGGAGGAGCAACUAUGUCUUCAACCAUCUAGAAUGUUCAGGGAAUGCUUCUGAUUGUUCUGGACAUCAUUUACGAAAGCCAAACACUCCCAAUAAAUCAUCAUCUUCUUCUAAAACUCAGUUCCAAAAGCUUGCAAACCAUGAUCCCACAUGCUGCAGUUUGAUGUGA